UUAUCGAUAUCUCAGAUAUAUCGAAUUAUUGGUUACUUGAAUUAAAUUUGAUUAAAUUUUGUUUAAAUUAUAUCAAAUGGACUCAGAUACGACUCCUGUGGAGAAUAUCCUCCUCCGGAGCAAGAUCCGAGGAUAUGCCCGGGAUCAACGCCUUGAGUGCCGCAUAAAAGCGAAGGACGCGUUGCGUAUUGGACUCGGGCAGGUGAAGGAGGAGGUGGCGGCGCUGGAGAGCCUGGGCACCAAGGACGUUACUGGAAUGGCCGGCCGGAUCAAGCGCCGCAAGCAUGCCACCUCCGAGGAUCUGUGCCGCCUGUCACUGGCCUUCCUUCAAGGCAAUGACAAUAUCAACGCCUUUGCAAUCAUUCCGGGCGCCAUUCAAGUUCUGGUAAAGGAGCUCACUGGGCCUCACAUUCAGCGGCACAUAGAUGCCGUCGAGUGCCUGUGUAAUCUUUCCCUGGGCGAGGCUCAUGUCUCUGAGAAGAUUGCCAGUUUGGCGGGCAGCUACAUGGUCACAUACCUCGAUGGCAAGGAGGAACGCCUGAAGCGCAGCUGCCUUUGGACCUUGGCCAACAUCCUGGCCACCUGCGAUAAGGCUGGCAGGAUCUUACUGCAAAUGCAACUGGUGCCCAAAUUGUGGCGGCUGUACAGCGAGCUCAAUGGCUGCCAAGCAGAUGCAGGUAUCUGCCUUUUCCUGGUGGCCACCCACUGCCGGCCGCAUGUGAGCGCCGAUGACCGGCGGUACAUAGCCCAGAACCUGCACCAAAAGAAGCUGGAGGAUCCUGCUAGCGAAUACUUCAUGUACAUAGUGCACCAAUUGGAAAUUGUUGGACAGGAUCUCAAACUAGGAACCAAACAAGCCGAAUGCCUGGUGAAUUUCUUUGAAGCCACCGUAUCCUCAUUGGUUGACAACCUUUCUCUUAUCUAUGGAGUGCGUGUGAUGGCCAAUCUGGUGGCAAAAGGUGAACCACAACUAUUGGGUGGACUAGCAGAGCCACAGAAUUUUGUAAAAACCCUAAAUCACCUCUUCGCCAAGCGAGACUCUCAACUCAACCUGGACUUGGUACGUUUGCUCAGGAAUUUUCUGCACUUAAACCUGUCAGACUCCAAUAUGAUAUUGGAUAGUUUGCAAAUAUACGCAUAGGCUUUGAUAAAGUCUUGCGAAUCUCUUUAUUGGUCUGA